AUGGAAUUGCAGGGACAGAGCCUCAUCCUGGCCGUCAGUGUCUUGACGUCGCUGGGUUUCAUGCUCAUUGGCUAUGACAACGGCCUGAUGGGAGGUCUUGUCAACACUUCGGCUUUCAAGAAUACUUUCGACAGUCCUGAUUCUGACAUGAUUGGCGUGAUUGUUGCCAUCUUUGAGAUUGGUUGCUUUUUCGGUGCCAUCUUCACAUCCAUCUUCGGCGAGCAACUUGGCCGACGCCGCUCGGUCUUUAUUGGCUGCGUUGUCUUGAUCAUCGGCGCUGUCCUUCAAGCUGCUUCUUCUACUCGAGCGAUGAUGAUUGUUGGCCGCAUUGUUUCAGGUCUUGGCCUGGGUACCAUUAACUCUACAGUACCUGUUAUGCAAGCAGAAUUCAGCCCCAAGUCGAGCCGUGGUAUAUAUGUUUGUGCUCAACUUUCCACACUCAACUUCGGCAUCUUCCUUGUCUACUGGAUUGACUACGCUCUGUCUACUCACCAAGGCAGUUAUGCUUGGCGGGUUCCAGUUAUUCUCCAAUGCGUCCCUAUCCUUGUCAUCAUUGGCCUACUUCCCCUCAUUCCUGAGACACCGCGUUGGUUGGCGGCGCAUGACAGGCCUGAGGAAUGUCUUAAAGUUCUAGCCCGGAUCCAUGGUACUUCCGUGGAUAAUCCUGAAGUGCGAAAGCUCCACAGCGUCAUCACUCAAACUGUCGCCUACGAGACAUCGAUUGGCUCAGGUUCAUGGAAAGACCUUCUUAAGGAAGACAGCAUCAAGUCUCGCAAGCGCCUCAUACUGGCAUGCGCUAUUCAGAGUUUCCAACAACUUGGAGGCAUCAACGCCAUCAUCUACUAUUCGAGUACUCUUUUCGAGAAGAGCGUUGGCUUCUCUGCUCAUAUGUCAGCUCUCAUGUCGGGCUUCCUACAGACAUGGUUUUUUGUGGCGUCUUUCAUUCCGUGGGUCUUGAUCGACCGCAUUGGAAGAAGGCCUCUGCUUCUGUCUAUGAUUAGCGUUAUGGCUGCCACUAUGGCUGUUCAGGCAGGCUUGAUCUACCAGGUGGAGAACAACACGGCGUCAGCUCACGCUGCUGGUAUUGCGGCGGCAGCAAUGCUGUUUAUCUUCCAAGGAGCCUUUACCGUUGGAUUCCAAGCAACUGUCUGGGUUUAUCCCUCCGAGAUCCUGCCACUUCGCCUACGACAACGCGGCUCUUCCAUCUCCACCGCUGCUAACUGGAUCUUCAACUAUAUGAUCGUGCAGAUCACUCCUAUCUCGAUUGAGAAUAUUGGUUGGAGAACAUAUAUUAUCUUCGCAGUCUUGAAUGCUCUUUGGGUCCCUCUUAUCUUCUUGUUCUUCCCUGAGACCAAGGGCCUGGAGUUGGAGGAUGUUGACCACCUUUUCGGAGGAGAGGAUAUCGUCAGGGCGGUAGAUGAGAAGGUAGGUGCCGCCGUAGUCAUGAUGGAGUCUGUGGACAAGAGUGCUGCCUAG